ACAGACAUUUUGACUCCUGUGGUUCUUGGAGGUAGCUGCUGGAGUUUGCGGAGAAAAAUGGAUGAAGAACAGUAUCCAUCUGGUUGGGAUGACAAUUACUCAUUUGAAUACGUUCUUAAUGAAAGCAAUGUCUGCGAAAUGGGAAACUAUUUUAUAUUUUACACCCAUUUCACUACUGUUCUCUAUACUCUGGCAUUUUUGCUCAGCCUGCUAGGAAACACUCUGGUGUUAUGGAUCCUGUUCAAAUAUGAAAACCUCACAUCUUUAACCAACAUCUUCAUCAUGAAUCUUUGCAUCUCUGACUUAGUCUUCUCGUGCAUGCUGCCAUUCUGGGCAGUGGACCAGACCUUCGGGUGGAUUUUUGGUGAGUUCCUUUGCAAGGCAGUGAAUGCCAUUUUCUCCAUUGGCUACUACAGCGGUGUUUUCUUUCUAACUCUCAUGACUAUUUUGCGGUACUUGUCCGUUGUGAGCCCUCUUUCUACUCUGAGAUCCCAGACACAGUACUGUGGUUCUCUGGUGUGCUUGCUUGUUUGGACUUGCAGCAUUUUAAUUGUGGUUCCCGAGAUGAUUCACACCACAGUGGUAGAAACCUUGGAAGAGGUCAGUACCUGUGAUUAUGAUGACUGGAAAUGGAAAAAAGUGGACAUUUAUCAGAGAAAUAUACUCUUCCUGAUUUCCUUCGGGAUUAUCAUAUUCUGUUACAUCAAUAUACUGAUAAUUCUGCUUAGAACAAGAUCUCGCAGAAAGCACAGAACUGUGAAACUCAUCCUUGUUAUUGUGGUGGCUUUCUUCCUGAGCUGGGCACCUUACAACAUCCUCAGCUUUCUGAUUACUUUUCCACCACCUACCUGCCAGUAUGAAAAAGACACCCUCCUCGCCUUUCACAUCAGCCGUAAAAUUGCUUUCUCCCACUGCUGCCUCAAUCCUGUGCUCUAUGUAUUUGCUGGAGUCAAGUUCAAGAGCCAUUUGUUUCGUUUAUGUGGACAGUAUUUACCCUGUUGCGAUGAAGUCUCCCGGAUCGGCUCUCAAGCCAGAUUCCACUAUGAAGAUGCGUCCAUCUACUGAACAGAGUCCAAACUAUUAGCACUAGUCUCAGAUGAACUUACAGAUUUUAAAGGCCAUGCAUGAUCUCCAGAUCUUAAAGUCCAAAAUGUCAAAUUUUGUCUUUGCAAACAUAUUGUGAAUGGAAAAUGAUUAAAAUUAUAUUUGCAGGAGGAUAGAGAAGCCAAGAAGGGACCUCAGUGGUCUGUAAGUCUUACAUUUAUGCUUUUUAGCACAGUGAUACUUUUUCUUAUUCACGGUUUUCAUUAGAAAAAGAAGAAAGAAUGUUUGUUUUUUUCUUUGGGAGUUAAAACAUCAAGUCUUAACAUGAAUAGUGGUGCACAUUUCUUUCUUGCCUGAUUUUAAAUAUUCAUAUUGUUUAUAGCAUGGACACUUAAACAUUUCUGUAGCUUUUAAUGCUUCACAGUAUUUCUCAGUGCUCUCUGAUUUUCUCUGCGUGCAAAUGUUCUUUGAUCUACUGAUAGGCAAAUAUAUAUAAAGCCAACAGAGUGUAAAAAAGCUUUGUUUUUUUGACCUGCUUCACACCUGUCUAUAUACUAUAGAUGCCUAUAUCUCUGAGGUGUGUGAACAUCUUAUAAAUGCUUAUGAAAAAAAAGUCAAGAAUUGUAACAGAAGCACAAAAUAUUUAAACAGUCCUGUCCUGCUCACUUUUUAACAAGUUAUUUAAAUCUGCUUGUAGCUUAAGCAUAUGUUACCAUAUAUCGGAGCAUGUAAAGGUGAUGUGAAAUAUUAUCCAAUCGUACUGUUGUCUACCAUAACCAAAAGUAACUCAUGUAGAGGUUUCUCCUACUGGUAUAAUAAAGUGGUACUAAUAAAUGUUCAGAAAUUCAAAGGAA